AUGGGAUUCAAAUUCACGUCCCUCUGUGACUUGCUGUCACAGUUGGAGGAGAAUCGGGUAGUUAAAGCUACCACUGUGAAGCCAGAGGCACCAGAUAUCCAGACCGUCGCUCAAUGGUUCCACGCUCAUGAAAGACGACUUCAUCACCCAGAGACCGAUGCCUUAGCCUUUUUGUCGUGUCUUUUUCCGGAGGGGCGCCCAGACCGAGUCUAUGGGCUACAAGCUGCCUCUCUGGCACGCAUCAUUGGUCGAUGCUUAGGGCUGGGCUCGUCGAGACUCUCGGAGCUGAAUCGUUGGCGCACGCCCGGGGGGCCAGAUCUUGGACAAUGUGUCGAGAAUGUGCUCCGUCAGGCAGAGAAUCCGCUGCAUUCAGGGAAAGCCAUCUCGACCGAGGAAAUCAAUCAAACUCUGGACCAGAUCGCAUCUCGAUGCCGUUUCUCGGCCCCCCGAGCUCGUCGCCAGCAGGGAGCUGUUGACAUAGAAAGUGCUCUAUCACCUCUCUACCAAAGGCUGAGCAGUCGUGAUGCGAAAUGGCUCACAAGGAUGAUUCUGAAGAACUACGCACCCAUUACCCUACCCGAGAAUUUUACGCUUUCACAGUUCCACGUCUUACUUCCACAUCUGCUGCAAUUUCAGAACAACUUUGAGAGCGCCCUGCACACGCUCUCUUUGGAACCCAUGAAUAAGUUUCCUCCGCGUCCUGAUCGCUUCUUGAUUCCUCAGCUAUGCUCCGCUGUUCUUGAGCAUUUACAGCCCCGAAUUGGGUACAAAAUUGGUCGACCGGAGUAUUACAAAGCCAGGAGCACCAAACAUUGUUACGAUUUGAUCAAAGGUCGUCGCAUGAGCCUGGAGCGAAAAUAUGACGGAGAAUAUUGCCAGAUCCACGUCGACCUCACCAACAAACAGAGUCCCUACCAAAUCUUUUCUAAAAGUGGCAAGGACUCUUCUGCUGACAGAGCUGCGAUCAUUCCAACAUUAACGCGUUGUCUGAAUGUCGGUGCAGUGGACUGCAAAUUCAAGACCAGCUGCAUUCUCGAGGGAGAAUUGGUAGUGUGGGAUGAGGAGCUUGGUGGAAUUGCAGAUUUUCACAAGCUUCGAAAGCAUCUGCCUCGAUCUGGCACAUUCCUCGGAAUUGAAAGCGAUUCCCCGCCCCAGCCAUAUGAGCACCUGAUGGUGAUAUUUUUCGACAUCCUUUUACUCGACGACAACAUCUGCCUCAGGGCUCCUCAUCAUCAAAGACGCUUACUCUUGCAGGAUGUAGUUCAAAGUAUUCAUGGACACGCCGCUAUUGCCGAACAAGAAGUUGUUGACUUCAAUCGGACUGAGAGCCGGUCGCAGCUGGAGAAUAGCUUUGCCAGAGCAAUUGCACAGAGAUGGGAAGGACUUAUUCUGAAGGCUUCUGAUGAGCCCUACUUCUCAAUCCACGCAGCUGGAAUGAAUGACCGAUUUGGUCGCUGGAUCAAACUCAAGAAAGACUACAUACCAGGCUUGGGUGACACCGUUGACCUGCUAUUAGUUGGCGCGAGCUACAAUGCUCAAGAUGCGGCAGCUCUCACAUUUCUACAAGGUUUACAAUGGACGCACUUCCUGGUCGGAUGUCUUUUUAACAAAGACGCAGUAGUGCAGCGUGGAGCCCGGCCUCACUUUCGUGUAGUCGAUGUUGUUGACCGUCACGGCAUGCACUGGAAGACACUGCAGUUGCUAAAUCAGUUGGGACAGUUUCAAGCUCGAGAUCCAGAGACAUUCGAUGAUUUUCACAUUGAAAUGGGCCGAGCAAGCCUGCCGGUGGCGUCGGUCAUCUUUCAGAUGCCGUUCAUUGUUGAAAUGUUGGGGAGUGGAUUUGAGAAGCCAUCUGGCGCCCGCUAUUUCAGUCUCCGAUUCCCCAGGAUCUUGAAACUUCAUGAUGACCGAUCAAUGAUGGAUGCUGCCUCAUUCAGAGAGCUACAAAUUCUGGCAGAAGAUGCUCGUGCUGUCCCCGUCGAUGAACUCUCGCAAGAACAGCAUCACUGGCGCAAGCGACUGAAAGUUGGGAACGGGUUAAACCAAUACAUCGUGCAGAGAUCACGUACCCCUUCCACAGCCAGUGUCUCCAGUACUGAAUCCGCUGUGCCUGAAAUUUCUGACACUACCAUGAGUGCCCAUGAGGCAGGCCUUCAAUCCGUGCUGGCUAAAGACUUUGCUAGAAAGGCUUCCGCUGUCAACCCAAAUCAGAAUCCGACAAUGGAUCGUAAAGUGCAGACUCACCUGACUCGUGAGGAAGAAGGUCACUUGUCUCACAAGGCUGGCCAGACAAAGCGUCACAGGCGGGUUUUAUCCAAAAAUCAGAAUUUAUCAAACUGCAGAACGGGCAAACAGGAUCUUCCAGAGCAUGCCUGUGAGAUCAACGGGUUCGUAUCGAAGUCACAAGUUCGUGACCUUGGCGUGCAGCCUCACGUAGCGAGUGCGAAAGCAGUUGGCGCUCAACACAAGGACCAUGCUGCCGUGGGCAAAGAUGCUAUGGAAGAUACUCAGAGACAGGAUCUCACUAUUUCUGUUAAUCACACCCCAGUUGAGUCUGUCAUACAGCCGAAUGCGUCCCCGCUCACGACAAUUCCCGUGUACUUGUCUGGACAAUCCAGCGAGACCGGAAACCUCUCUGAUCGGCAAGACUCUUCAAAUCUUUCGCAAUUUCUAGAAGCUCUUCUCUCUGAGGAAACGAGAUUACUUUUCAAAAUUUCCAACCCACGAGCUGCCUCUCAGGAGGCCGUCUUCGGCAUAGCGUUGGUCAACCGAAAAGUCUUACCUCUUGGUCAGCUUAUUCAUAAAGUUGCAAAAGCUCUAGUACAACUUGUCUCCAACAAAGUCCCGUCUCAGCCCAACAAGGGCCGAAUAUUCUUUUUGGACGCUUCUUUUCUGGCAGAAGACGUUUGUCCGGAUGACUUGCGAUUUUGCCUUCGGAAUACAUGGCGGGAGCUCGCCCCAAGAUUUUUCUAUGCUUGUCUCUAUUGGACAGUCAAUGGCCAAGACUCGAGCGUGCAUGAAUCCGGUCAGGCGGAUGAUGUCCUUAGUUCUUCUCGAGAAGUUCCUCAAGGUCCCAAGAACAAGCAUUUGGUGUCCUUCUAUGUCAGCUUCGAUUUAGUUGAGAUUCUCGCUUUGGGCGAACACACUUCGCCAAACGGCUCGUCUGAUCCACAUUACCCGGAUAUUUGA